AUGCGCUCCGCUCAUAAGGACCUAGAGUCAAAGCUGAAGGAGGUGGAAGAGAAGCGGGAACUUGCUGAGAAUCAGCUAGCUGAGAAGAUAUCCGAGUUCAUCAGAGAGAAAGCUGAUCUGGUGGAGAAGCGGAGGAAGGACAACGCUACACUUAAAAGCCUCCAAGAUGAUGUCCAAACGCUCCGUACUUACAUGACGAUUUCAGAACAAGGUUGGAACCUGCUGAACUCCGACGUCAUGGAUCCAAAUGCACUCCUGGAUGCUUGCAGUGGUUACGACACCCGGAUUGCACGGCGCAUUCAUCACGAGGAAUUCUACCACAAAGUGGUGCUUCCUGCUGACGAACAUCUCAAAGCGGAGCUUGAGAAAGAGCGUGAAGCGGAGGCAAGACCAGACAGAUCCGGUGACGGAAGCCGAUAUACCUGGACCAGUUCCAAGGAAGAUGAGAAGAACAAGACAAAGAGCGACGAUGAAGACGCUUCUUCUCUUGCUAAGGAAGAGGAAAAGGGCGACAAUGAAGAUGCUUCUUCUCCGACUAAGGAAGCGAAAAAGAGCGAGGCACAAGCUGAUGAUGAAGAUCCUUCUUCUCCGGUCAAGGAGAAGUAA